UUCCCAAUUUUUCCACUCUUCGCAUCUCUCGUCUCUCUCUCUUUUCAAACCCAGUCUCUCUUUCUCUCAUAUCUCCACGGGAAUGGCGACGGAAACCCUAGCAGGAGCAGGAGCAGCAGGAGGAGAUACUAAUAACAAGGUUUCUUCAGAAAAUUGUGCCGAGGAGAAACUAAGGUGGACAUUGAGUGAUUUCGACAUUGGGAAGCCUCUUGGAAGAGGAAAAUUUGGCCAUGUGUACCUGGCCAGAGAAAAGAAGAGUAACCACAUUGUGGCUUUAAAAGUUUUGUUCAAGAGCCAGCUCAAACAAUCUCAGGUUGAGCAUCAACUUCGCAGGGAAGUUGAGAUUCAGAGCCAUUUAAGAAACCCAAACAUUCUAAGGCUCUAUGGAUACUUCUACGAUCAGACUCGGGUUUAUCUGAUCUUGGAAUAUGCUGCAAAAGGUGAACUCUAUAAGGAACUGCAGAAAUGCAAAUACUUCAGUGAAAAACGAGCUGCCACGUACGUUGCAUCGUUGGCACGGGCCCUGAUCUACUGUCAUGGAAAGCAUGUAAUACACAGAGAUAUCAAGCCAGAGAAUCUUUUGAUUGGUGCUCAGGGUGAAUUGAAAAUUGCUGAUUUUGGUUGGUCUGUUCAUACCUUUAACCGUAGGCGGACCAUGUGUGGCACAUUGGAUUAUCUGCCACCUGAAAUGGUGGAAAGCGUAGAGCACGAUGCCAGUGUGGACAUUUGGAGCUUAGGUGUCUUGUGUUAUGAGUUCUUGUAUGGGAUGCCUCCAUUUGAAGCAAAAGAGCAUUCUGAUACAUACAGAAGGAUUGUCAAAGUUGAUUUGAAGUUUCCUCCAAAACCAAUUGUCUCUGCAUCUGCCAAGGAUCUUAUCAGCCAGAUGCUCGUGAAAGACUCUUCACUUCGUCUUCCACUUCACAAGCUUCUUGAGCACCCAUGGAUUGUACAGAACGCUGAUCCUUCAGGAAUCUACCGAGGUUGACCUUUUGAGCUGGAAAUCGUGUCUGUCCAUUGGUUUCUAUAUAGUAAUUACUCUUUACAUAUAGGCAGAAUUCACAUUCUUGUUGUAAUAGCGUUUUAACACUGUCAUUUAAGUUCCAAAUUUGGAUAUCGAUGUUGUCUUCCUUGCUGGUAAAAUAACAAGUGUAAUGAAGUAGUUUUCUCUUGUAUAAUUUUAUUACUUUGGGAAAUCAUUGUGGUUAGUUUAUGCAUUUCAACUGAGCACUCUGUAUUAACUCAUGGAAGAUACUGGAUAUGUUUACAAAUUA